AAAUCAUUUUCUUUGUAUUUAAUUUUUAUUUAUUUCCUUUUUGUACUUCAAGACAAGUGAAGUAAAAGCGGAGAGGGGAGAGGACUCGGGGGGGUUGAAAUUUACGGGGAAACUCAUGAGCAGAAAGGAAAAGAAAGCCUGAAAACUAGAAAACCAUGGGGAUGGGAAUGGCAGGUAUGGCAGUUAGGGUUUUGGGAGCAGGAAGCAGAAGCAUGAGCACCAAAGCCCAUAAUUCCAUUCCCAAAGAGAUAGCGAAAGCGAUAAAUCCUAAGACUGCUUCUUCGGAGUUCCGCAAGUUCCUCGGCAUUCCUCACUCCUCUCGUUCUCAAAACGCUUUGUUAAUCUCCAAGUUCCUCAGGCUCUACACUUUCAGGAGCCCUGGUAUCAAGAAGGACAAGAUUUGGGAGGAUAACUUGAAUAAAAUGUUACAAGGGAAAGACAGAGUUGGUCUCCCAGAGAUUGCCAAAUUGCUAUCCCCACAAUUCAACCAUCAAGGAGGCAUGAGCGCAAACUCUGAAGAUAGCAAACAACAAAUGGGCAACAUAAAAGGGAAGGCGAAAAAGAAGGGCUCAAAGAAGAAGAAGUAGGAUGCAGUUCCAACAUUUUCUGCUUGGACUUGGAAGUAUUGAAUCUUUUGAACGGUUAUAAUCCUUUUCUAAUUUUGGUCUACUGCAAUUCAGUAAGAGUUUUAUUUCCGUUUCUUAGACAUCUUUGUUCUUUUCCUCAAGAAUAGUAGCACAUUAUCUAUAUACUUAAA